UACCACAAAUUAUUUUAUUUCCGAUAUUAUUAAUUCAUUCUUCACCGUCGAAAAACCCCAAACCAAUCCCAAACCCUAGAUCUGCAAAAAUCAAAACCUCUAAUGGGUUCCAGGCGAUCAGAUUUCGGCGAUGGCGCAAGCCCUGGGAAGAUUUUCAUUGGGGGUCUGGCAAAAGAUACUACUUUAGAUACCUUUGUGAAGUACUUUGGCAAGUAUGGAGAAAUAACGGACUCUGUAAUCAUGAAAGAUCGGCACACCAGCCGGCCACGGGGUUUCGGCUUCAUCACGUAUGCCGACGCUGCGGUGGUUGACACUGUUAUCGCUGAAACCCAUAUCAUCAAUGGCAAACAAGUCGAGAUUAAAAGAACAAUUCCAAAAGGAGCUGGUGAUUCCAAAGAUUUUAAAACAAAAAAGGUUUUUGUUGGUGGGAUCCCUACUUCUGUUACUGAAGACGAGUUGAAGAGUUUUUUUUCCAACUACGGGAAGGUGGUUGAGCAUGAGAUAAUUCGAGAUCAUGUGACCAAGAGGUCUCGUGGUUUUGGAUUUGUUGUAUUUGACAAUGAACAAGUUGUUGAUACUCUCCUAGCUGAUGGAAAUAUGAUUGAUAUGGCGGGUACCCAGGUUGAGAUCAAGAAGGCAGAACCAAAGAAACCCUCAAACCCAACACCUGCACCUGCAUACGGUAGUGAUUCUAGGGGUCGUGCAUAUGGUGAUAGUUAUGGUGGUUUCAGCAGCUCCUAUAGCAGUCUUGGCAGUGGCGGUUAUGGCCCUGCUUCUUCUUAUAGGUCAAUGGGAUCGGGUCUUGGUCCUAGGUUUGGUGACUAUGGUGGUUAUGGUGGUGGUGGAAGUGAAUAUGGGGGUCGGUAUGGGGAUUAUGGGAGUAGCGAAUUCGGUUAUAGGGGUGAUGGCCCCUCCCCCGGCCCCCUUGGCUACUCUAGUAGAUUUGGUUCUUAUGGUGGAGGCUACGGUGGGGGGUACGGUGGUAGUGGUGGUUUAGGUUCCUAUGGCCGAGGCGGUGGUGGUGGUUAUGGUGGGAGUUACGGUGGUUCUGGAUCAGGUGCCAGUUAUGACUCUGGCCCUGGUGGUGCAGGUGGUUAUGGUGGAGGUGCAGGUGGUUAUGGUGGUGGUGCAGGUGGUUAUGGUGGAGGUGCGGGAGGGGGUACUUAUGGAGGUAGGGCAGGUUAUAGUGGCAGUAGUCGUUACCAUCCUUAUGGCAGGUAGAUGUGUCCCUCUUGUAGGACUUCACUCACGUCUCUUUUGCUUAUUUGCUUCUCGUGGCUCCACAGUUGACUAGAUUUUUCCGAGUACUAGCAAGGAGACAAUUACUAGAAGACCCGAAGAACCCUAGUGAUUUUUGUUGUUUUAAAUUUCUACUCUUUUUCUUUUUUUAUAAGAUCAACGAACUAGACAACCUCUUUGAGAUGCUAUGAAAGGCUGCUGUUUUAAUCUAGAGGGAUUGUCCUGUAUGAAGUGUAUUUUGAACUUGGUUCCAUAUUUUAGUGUAGAACGGCCUUCUGCAUUAUGUUUCUCCUAGUUCUUUUGUUUCGUUUAUCUAGAACCGAGGAUACAGGCUCAAGUAAUUUGUAGACCAUGCCUUUACUAAGCUUUGCACUUACUAGUUACUUUUGAAUUUGUGUUGUGACCAGGUUUUGUUAAAUUGCAGUUAGAGUAUAGAGAAAAUUAUGUUAGUUUUUCUUUGUCUAUGUUUUGAUAGUGCACAUGAGUUGGGAAGAUAUCGGUAUAGAGCUUUGAAAUAUAAACCGGGACUUGGGUAGAAAUUGAAAAUUCUUGGAUUUAUUUAAUGGUUUAAGAUCACUUAAAGAAAGCCAUCUCAGAAAGCAGGUUUUUAGACAUGUGAUGACUUGUGCAGUGACCGAAUCUUCACUAAUACUUACGUUUUUUUUUAUCUAACAAUAUCUGAUUUUAUACUGCUCGAGAUCCCAAAGGACGAGUUUUAUCUUCUUCAAUUGUUUAUUGCAUAAAUUUAAUAUUUUCAAAAGUGUAUUUUAGCAGGUAAUGGCUGUGCAAAGAUGAUUACAAUUGUGUUUUUUUAAUGAUAAAACUGCCCUGUUUGUGUUUAGGGGUGGGCAUUGUGACUGAGGAUUGUUGUGGUUUUUUUUAAUAAUGAUAUAUAAUUAAAGCUUUAUAUUUGAACUAU